AGAAAAAUGAGUGAAUACAAGCAGAAUUUCAUUCAAUUUAAUAUAAUGCAAAGAUUUUAUACAAGCAGUGUAACAAACCAAAUUUGCUAGUGGAGUGAUUAACAGGGAAAUCUUACCUACAGUACUUCCUAAAUUCACAGCCUUAUUGUCUGAACAAUGGAAACAGUUAAGUUGACUGCCCUGUAAAUGAAAAACAACUGAACAACAGGUGGAGGGCAAGACGUGAGCCUAUAGUUAUGAGCUGUAAAAGUUUUGCCGGCUGCUCACUGUACAGAACCUACUCUCUCCUUGGCAUUAUGUGGGCUGCAAAGAAAAGAGCCAUCAGCUGCUGAGCCAGCCUUAAGAUGUCUGUGGAUCAAGAGGUGUGACCCGUUGACCAAUGCUGCUGGGACACAAGCCAGGGCCUGAUCAACCCUGGCUGGGUCAGCUGAGAGAGAGUGUCUGGUGUUGAAUGACCUGAAACACCCAAUGACCUCAGGUCACAUCAUUGGUGAUGUGUCCCAGUGCAUUCGAGGAUGCAUCUCAGCAUCAGAUCAAUAUAAAGACAUUGUUUUCGCCUUGUGUACGAGAGGGAGAGAGAGACAAAUGGGGGAAUGAGUGGAGUCUACUUUACGUGGAUUCAAAGCAAAAAUCUAAGUGAAAGGCUGAAACAACAAACUAUCUGCAGGUUGAACAGCAUCUGGGGGGGGUGAAAGGAACCGACAACUUUUCAGCUAGAGAUCCUGCAUCAGGUCUUGAACAGUGUUUCGAUCCAAAACAUCAGCACUUCCUCUCAGUCCUGAUUUGGGGGGAGGUCAUUUUUUUGUUUAAACUGUAACUCUUUACCAGCAGGAACAUUAAAGAAAGAAAUGUGAAUAAAUCCUUCAAACCCUUGUGCCUACUGUCCUAUCCAUAAGGUCAUGGCAAACUUUUUUAACCAGUGACACUAAUCCCACUGUGGUAAACUAUGUAUACCUGUCUGGACAUGCCCCUCUGCUGACUGCUCCUGUGGCUCCUCCCACAGACCCCUGUAUAAAGGCGAUUGGAGACGCUACUCCUCCCUCAGUCUCCGAGAUGUUGUGGUCUCUUUUGCUGCUAAUAAAAGCCUAUCGUUCACCUCCCAUCUCCGAGAGUUAUUGAUGGUGCAUCACCCACAUCCUGUGAUUCCCUAAAUGUGAACAACUGAGCCUUCAUAUCCCUCGGAAGAUUCUCUGCCCUACACAUGGAGAAGUUCCCUCUCAUUUCAGUCCAGAAUGUCUAACCACUUAUUCUGAGACUUCAGACCUGUGAAAGAAGGCAAUUCUGAUGGACAGUGAAAAAUCAAUCAGCAGCGGGAAACUGGUGCUCACAAUGAGCAUACUGGUUCCAUAGAUGAGGGAAGCACGGAGACAAAGCAGAGGCACUUGCUCCAGUUUCCUCCCACUUUCCAAAGGUUAGAGUUAGAACAGGGGUUCCAAACCUGAGUCCGUUGACCCCUUGCCUAAUGGAAUUGGUCCAUGGCAUGAAGAAGAUUGGGAAUCCCUGGGUUAGAAGGUUGUGCGCAUGCAAUGUUGGUGCCAGGAGCAUACCGACACUUGCAAGCUGUCCCUGUACGUCCCUGCACUGAGCUGGUUCUUUUGUAGUUUCUCUGUAUAUGUGAAAAGUUAAGCUGAUCUUUCAGAUAACCCUAGGUUUCUCUAAGAGUUAAUGAUCAUCCGAUCUGCCAACAAACCUAUUUGUGUUUACACUGACACAGGGCAUCAGAGUCACAAAAAGGUGGAAGUUUGGAGACAGUAUAGUUUAAGGCAAAAGUUAUGUGAAAGCACAUCUGGGAAUAUAUCCAAAAAGAGAAAUCCUGCGAUUACCCCCACUGGGAAUGAUAUUCCAAAAUCAUGGAGAAGAAUUGAAAGUGCUGGAUAUUUUCAACAAGACAGGCAGCAUCCGUGGAGAGACAAGUUGAAUAAGCAUUUCAGGUCAUUGACUCUUCAGAACUGUGACAGUGAGAAGAUAAAUCUGUUCUAAAUUGCAGAGGAGGCAGAAUGGAGAGAAUAAAGAGAAUGUCUCCAUGAGGACAAAAUGUACGAAUAUCUAAAAAGUUAGGUAACAUAGCCAUUUUCAGACCAGCAGGUAAAAGUUCACAAUAAAAGAUAGCAUUGAGAUGUUUAGAAGUCUGUAUUGGUUUCCAAAGGUUUAGAACACAACUUCCAACAUCAUAAGAACAAUAGCAAAGGAAUAAAGAUUCAAGUUGGAAUUUUUCUUGCCCACUGAGCUCACAGUUAAAGAGACUUGACCCCCAGCCCUUUCUAAGGAAAUAAGCUGUUGUUCAAAAGGCUGAGUGAGGCAGAUGCCACUCAAAGAAAAAAAAAACAUAGAGGAUCACAUCAUCUACAAAGCUCCUAGACUGGGAAAAAAAACAAAAGUAUGUCACUAGAACAGACUCGUGGUACUAUAAGCAUUUUCUUUGACUUUGAAACCUGGAAUGAAGCACUAGUGGUGGUAACCAUGAAAUUAUUGGAUUGUUGCUGAAUUUAAAUCCUACAAUUUCCACCUCAGUGAUUUUUCUCUUGCUGCAGUACUGAGAAGCAGUCAUGAAAUAAGCUGCCUGCCAUCUAUUAAUGGAAUAAUUAGAAAUAUUCCAAUCAGAGGGUAGAGAAUUCCCUGGAACCACUGUACAACACUUCACUAAGGACUGCCAUAGUUCAAGGAACUGAAUCAUCAAGGUUUCAUUAAGAAUGGGCAAUACAAGUUGGCCUUCUCACUGACCCCCUUAACUAGAAAAUGAAUUAAAGACACAAAUCUGCUCAUCAGCUCCUCAUGGAGUGAAGCAUGCCAUUCCUCCUCAGUAUGACUUGUCUAUUAAUCAGAUCACUUUCUUCCUCCAACCGCCAAUUUGACCUACACUGAACCAGGGAAUAAGUGGCAGCCAAUUCUGGCUUGGGAAUACAGUAAAUUUCAGCCCUCUCUGUGGGGGUGACUACAAAGGGCAAAGGCUGAGCUGAGAAGAGGGAAGUGAGGCAAUUGUUUUCUACACAGUGGGUGCCUGGAAUCCAGAGGAAGAAAACUUAAAGUAGAGGCCCAAAGGAAUCAUAGGGCCACAGUAGACAGGGGAAGUCCAGAGGCUGCCUGUCUGACAGUUGGAGAACUGCUGGAUGAGUGGAGGGAUGGGAAAUGUACUUUGUUUUGUUGUUGCAUUAUGGGUAUGCUUUGUUGCUGCUGGAAUGUUUGGCAACAGAUGCAGGCAACCUUCAGCACGUUCUCAGGUGUGUUGGCUGUUAAGAUGCAUUUCACAGCAUGUAUAUGUGAUAAAUAAAUCUGUAUCUCAAUAUGGGAACACGCUGCAUGAAUGGGUGGUGGAGGCAGAGACCAUCAAGACAUUUAAGAAGCCACUGGAUGUAUACUUGAAUUGGGAAUAAGUCAGCUACAGAUGGUAGCCCGAAGGCGAUGGGCCGAAGGACCGUAUCUGCAUCAUCCCGAAACACCAACACAGGUGUGAAGGAAAGCGGGGAGACAUCACGUGAUACCAAAACCGCCCAAUCCGAGGGACGCGGAGCACGUGACCAACAGAAGGCGGGGUUUGAGAUGAUUGACAGCGGAGGGUCAAGUGCGGCAGUCUUUCCUUGAACACGCUGGGCAGCUUCGUCCGCUCGACAACCCGAUCCGGCCCACAGGUUCUUUUGAAGGAUUUAGGAAGUGAGAACAUGUGCUUGGCUCCAAUGGCAGCUGCUGAGCAUCUAACAACCUGCCUUUCUGAAGCAGUGCAUCACAUGGUUUGUCAGCUUGGCUUCGAGAGGGCAGACGGUGCAGAUCUGGGCCACUUCGUGACCGUAUCUGGGCAAGUCUGCUGGGAGACAAUUACCAGUACACUACACAUGUCAGACACAGAAGAGCAUAAUCUGGAUUAUGUGGAAAGUGUGAGACAACUGGGACCUGUUUGUAAAUCUGUCCAUUCAUAUCUACUCUCACUCAGUGCAAAGCAAUUCAAAGACCAGUAUGAUGUUUGGUUUAAGUGGACGGACAACUCAGAGUUGUUUAUUGAAGUGUUUGAGGCCAGCAAGAGUUCACAACACACAGCCAUAGCUCUCGGUUUGAUGAAAUUGACAGCAUGCCUGGAACGAGCCUUGGGCAAUGUAUUUCUCAUGAUUGGCAAAGAUUGUCCUUUUCUGCUGAGAGACCUGUUGGCCUCGCGAGAGCUGGCUACGGUGUUUGGACAAAAUGUGAUGAAUGUUCUGCGUGUGUUCCUGGGAUCACCUCGAAGUUUAAAUCUCCGCAAUAUCUUGUGGCAUGGAUUUGCAGCACCUGGAGAAAUUCCACCCAUGUACACUUCUAUGCUGCUGUUGCUGACAGCUGGUUUAGGGCAGAUACUGCAGACAGAAUCCAUGCCCCUACAUCGACCUUAUUUCAGAUUGACACAAUUGGAAGAACUUGCUGUAUUUCCUGAUAUUAAUGAGGAAGCUAUUGCUUUGGCCGAAGACUUCAUUGGUAAAUCUGGUUUUGUAGUGGAGAUCAUGCGACCUUACUGGAGAGAGGCGCUUGAAGCUUACAGAAAUCAAAGGUAUGCGGACUGUGUAAUACUACUGCUACCUCAGCUGGAAACUGGACUCCGCAAGCUUUUCACAGUAGUUAAUAAUUGUCCCAAUAGGCUUCUAACCGCAGAGUCCACAACGCUUUACACCACAUUUGAUGAAAUGCUGGCGAAAUACCUAGAGAAAGGUGAUACAAAUCAACUUCCAACAGCCCUGGGAGAUCCUAUAGUGGAAAUCCUUUGGGAUCUUUUAAACCAUCAAGAGGGUCCCCGAAUCCGCGACCACUUGAGUCAUGGUGAGCUGGAUUUGAACACGUUUCCUGAGGAAAUGGCCAGUCACAUGGUAGCACUGGCCAUUGUUCUACUACAUCGCUGCUGUAGAAAAGGAAAUGAAACUGUCAAGGAAAGUGAGUGCUUGAAGGCGAUCAUCAGUUCGAUGGAUUCGUACUGCUCUCGGUUCCAUCCCAUCGGAAGACUUAAACAGCAGCUUCGACACUGCGUCGGAUGCCUACAGAAAUGGAAUGAGAUUCCCAGACCCUCAGUAGAGCAAACUUCGGAAGGACCAGGGUCUGAGUACUCAAGCCCAAGAGCUCAAGCUAUUUCUGCCUGCCUUGUGAAGGAACUAGUUCCCUACUUAAUAAAGCGACUACAGCCAGUCUACAGUGAAGAACUGAAUAUGUCACAAUAUUUGUUAGCUGAGGAGCAACUUCACCUGGUAACUAAACUGCUGGGCAGCUCCAUACGCACUUUGUACUGUCCUCGGACUGUUUUGGAAGUGGUUGCCCUGCUGCGGAAAGUGGUCUCACAGUGCCUGACUGUUUCAGAGCAGGUGACAAGCGGUGCUGUGACUCGCCAGCAACUGUGGUUGAGCAAGUCUCUGCGUUCGCGCCAGAGGCACAAUUAUCUCCGUAUGUUGGGCAGUGUUCAGUAUUUGCACUCCAUCUUCAGCUUAAUCACUCUACUAGUAACUGUGGAACUGCUCAACACAAGGACAAUAAGUGAAAUGGAUUCUUCUGAAUGCCGCAUUUACUUGAAAUUCUUGAAGUCUUUGUUGCAGUACACAGAAAAUACGGUGACGUACACAAGCCCAGGGAAGAAUAAAUGGGAGGAAACCUGGGACCUGACUGAAAAGAUGCAACAGAAAGUUAAAGAAUUUUAUAACAGAUGGAAUGAUAUCUGUGCAAUGAGUGUGGCUGGGAAUACUUGGUCUUAACCCAACAUAUUUAUGUACUUCUAAAAAUACCUUGAAGAAUUUCAAACAAGCCUGGGAUUCUGCUGAAGGAAUGGACCUUAGCUAUGUCUGUGGAUGUAGGUUUACUUGUGUGAAACUAGAGCAAGAAUUAAUGAGAUAUUUUGUUAUGGAGGCCAAUGCAGUAAUACUCAGUCCUCCCCACAUGGACAUACUGAGCAUGAUCCUCUUCCCUACUAGUCCUGGUAUGAGAAGAGUUUGUUCAACAGGGACGUUCUCUCUUCUCCUCUUUCCCAGUGGAUAGACAGUAGAAGAUCCAGUUGCCUCAGAACUCAAACCACCAGGCUCAAAGACGGCUUCUGGUAUUAAAAGAUGAUUGAAUAGUUCCCUAUAAUCUACCUCAUUAUGAUCCUGCACCUAUUGUCUUAACUGACUGAACUUUCUUUGUACCUGUUGCACUUUAUUCUGCAUUGUUAUUGUUUUACCUUAUUCUAGUUAAAUGCACUGUGUAAUUGAUCUGUACAAACAGUAUACAAGACAAGCUUUUCACUGUAUCUCAGUACAUUUGACAAUGAUGAACCAAUUCCAAUUAUGGAUCAAAUCUAGCCAACUUGCAUUUGGUGCUGAUGGGUGUUACCUUACACAAUCGACUAUUGAAAGGAGCACAAAAAUCCAUUCUCGAUAGUUGCAAGCUUUAUCCCCUAAAAUAAAGUUCUUUUUGCCAA